AUGGUCCAGAUCGCGAGGAGGGAUAAUCUAACGGCGGAAAUCACCAAAGCUCUGAGGUGCGACCUAAUGACUCAUUCCGGUACAGAACCUCCCGCAAAUCACCAGGGGCCGCUCCGUAACCCUCACCCAAUCUCUCAUUCUGGAUCUGACCUCGAGGGCGCGGGGGGCGAUGGAGUCGGGAACGAUACUCCAGAGCCGGUGGAGAAGGUAGAGACGGUGGCGGGGGAGGGGCAGGGAAGGGCGCGGGGGGAGACGCAGUCGGCGAACUUUACUCCAGCGCCGGCGGAGAAGGUGGAGACGGUGGCGGGGAAGGGGAAGGGGAAGGGGAAGCGGAAGAAGGGGAAGGGGAAGGGGACUAGGGGCGUCUUCUGCGGUCGAGGUAUCGAGUUGGGCAAUUGUGGACUGAUCUUGGUUCUUUUUGAGACGCAAUCUGGGUUUGCAAUUUUCACUUAUGAUGGUAUGAAUCUCCUCCUAGAUAAUGCAGUUGAGAAUAUCUGGGUAGAUUUCAUUGAGGGUUACUUGGCAAAAUCAAUGGUUUGGCUGAAAGAAUUUAAACGUCUUGAGAACGUGAGCAGCGCGAUCGACCCUGUUACCGGUGUUGACGAAGAUCUUGCUAUGACGAUCCGGAAAUACAUCGUUCCUGGGCAGCAACUAGCUGUUGGAAAGCCUGAAUAUAAAACCAUCAUUGAAGACAAGUUGGAAAUAUCCUGCCUGCAUGAUGAUGCGGUCAUGGAAUUGAUGUGGGGCCUUGGGAACUGCGUAGAGUAUCUAGUGCCUUCAGAAAAGUUGGAGCUGACUAUGGAGGGUCGCCUCCGUAUGAGUAAAGGAUUGAAAACUGUCCUGGAAAGUUAUGACUUACAAGUUGAACCAGAGAUGGUUAAUAAGCAUAUUAUUGAGACAGCAGGUGUUGUGUAUAGUUGUGACCAUUCUGUCAGCAAACAUGGUAAGUCCUUGCGGGCUGCUGGUGAGCACCUUAAGAAGAUUUCAGACAUUGACUCGCAGGAUUGGUGUUUAAUUAAACUAGUGACUGCUCUCAAGUUAUUAUGUUACCCUACAGAGGAACUUCCUGGAAUUCCUCUUGAGGUUUUCUCAGCAGAGGAGUAUUCCAAGUUGGUGAAUGAUGGACCUAAAUACGAAGGUAAACUAUUGAAGGUGUCUUGCAAGACUGUCUUCAAAGAAAUGGUGUGGGCCCGUCGUCUGAGGAAUAGGAUGUUAAGACUCUUGGCCAUUACGUGAGGGAGGCAAGAAAAGCAUAUGAAGAGGACCAAACUUUGAUGAGCAGCUGUGAGGGAGGCAAGAAAAGCAUAUGAAGAGGACCAAACUUUGAUGAGCAGCUGUGAGGGAGGCAAGAAAAGCAUAUGAAGAGGACCAAACUUUGAUGAGCAGCUGUGAGGGAGGGAAGAAAAGCAUCUGAUAAAAAGGCAUACUGGCCUACUCCCUCCGUCCGCCAAAGAGCGUGCAUCUGGCUCCAUGAUUUUCCCCAAAAUAAGUGUACGUUUGGCUCCACCGCAGGUAAUUUUGCAUUCACCCCCCUGAUCUACGCCUCGAGGUCACCACAACCAGCGACGACCCAAUCCUCUCGUUCUCCCCCAAAUCGAAGCCAGUCUUCUUCCUCUUCCCCCAACUCUCUCCCUCCCGAUCCAAUCCCAGAUCGCUGAGAGUCAAUCAUCCAAUCCAAAGCCAUUGCUGGUCAUGCAGAGAUUAAUGGCGGCCGGUCCAUAUAAGCUGCCGGUGUGCAUCGCAAUGGAUCCAUGGAAGGCGGCGGAGGAGCGGUAGGUGGAGGAGCAGAAUCCGGCGAUGUCCAACCAGGCAACGCCAUCGCGGCGGCCGGCGGCGUCACACGCGACUGCGGAGGAUCUGGUUCUGGAGGCCCCCACCGUGCUCGGGCAGUCAGGUUCCGACCGCGCUCGCCCUCGUACAUCCUUCGGCGGCGGCGGUAUGGUUGCGGAGCCAAACUCGUCGACCUGGACGAGGAUGUAGCAGCUGAUGGCGAAGCUGGUGUCGGGCAUGCAGGUACUCUUCUCCAUCGGCCUCAUGUUCAUCUUCUACUUCAAGAUACUAUGAUUAUUAGUGACAGUAUGCAGAAGGAUUGAACAAGAAGAAUUGAAUAGAUCAGUGACUUGUACCUGGAUCCAUGUUUAGAUUGAAGUGACGUGUGGGCUGGAGCUCUUCAUGCACGGCUUCACCCUCUUCAUGUACGGCUUCAUCCUCUUCAUGUACAGCUUGCUCCUGAAAGAGAGCUUCAUCUUCUUCCUGUUAUCCUGUAUGGCUUCCACUCCCUCAUGCACGGCUUCGUAUCCCUCAUCUGGUGGUAGUAUAUUCAAGUCAAUGGCCAUGGAUGGGGUGUGUGUGUGUGUGUGGUGUAUUCUUUGGUAAAUAUGAGCUGGCUUUGUAGCUGGGUUAGACGUUUGGAUUCCAAUUUUUGGCGCCUGUAAUCUGGCUUACUAGUAUUGAAACUGGCGGGAACAGUGUACUGGAGUAACUGGCUGAAGCUAAAUUAGCUAGCGGGAGGAGGAAUUGUAUUUUGCUUGUGAUUUAA